AUGAUUCAUUACUACUGGAUUUGUCUCCUGAUGAUUACAGGAAUAAGGAGUCAGCUUGCAUUAAAUGAAUGUAUAGAAUUAAUAAACUAUGAUAUAGCACAAAGUACAUCUGGUAUGGCAAGAGUUAAUCCUGAUGGACCACUUAAUUUGCUCAGAGGAUAUUUCUACUAUAAAAAUGGACUUAUCCAGAAUAAACGGGACUACUCCUCUGGAAUCAAUUCUCUCUUCUCAUUGAAGUAUGCACCAGAAGGUAGAGUGAAUAACCCGAAGUAUUCAUUUACACCGGGAACAAACCCUGUAGAAUACUUUUCUAAUACUAAAACAGUAAGAGACCAUUAUUUAAGUGAGUUUAAUGCUUGCCUUAUUAAUAUGUUCUUUGACAGUGGGAGUAAUUCAAUAAUGAAUAGGAUUGAUACUAGAACAUUCACUGGGUUUCUUAAGAAUUUACAGCCUAACUCUAGUGAUGGAUAUAAAAUACUGGCUGCAUUAUUUCUUCUCUCUGAAGGAAUUGACAUACCAAUUACCGUGGAAAAAAUAGAAGGUCAAUAUUUUAUUAUUCUAAGAAAUAUAAGGGAUGAUACAGAAGUGUUCAAUAUUUGUAUAGAUGAGUCUCUAAGUAAGCCCAUGGAAUGUGCAAAUAAUACGACGAAUCUAUCACACAGUAUUCUAAGAAUUAUUGAAUUUUUCAUUAUAAAUAGGACUAAUCCAAUGGUUGUGCUGAAUAAUGUGUCUACAGAGCCUGCAGCGUAUUCAGAUUUUAAAAAGGCUGGAUUUUUAAACACUCCACGGUUUCUGAUACAAGCAUAUAUCUACGAUUUUCUUGACUGCAUAGACAAAGCACAGGAUUUUAUUUACAUUGUGUACACUAUGCUUGAGGAGAUAUUUUUAUCAGAUGAUUAUAUGCUAAUGGAUAAUGAAGAAAGGAAAAUGGUUAAAUCUAUUUUCAUACGGUGCUUUUCAUUUGAAAAUGCUGUGUGGAAGAAAUCCUAUGAGUAUUUAUAUGACAUAGUGGAAAUAGAAAAAAUACUGAAUAGAAACAGUAUACUUCCAUUUUCUGAUGCGUAUACACUGCCCACGUAUACUAGAAUACCAAAAUACUCUAAUAUUAGAAACAACUUCCUAAUUGAAGAGGAGUACUUUGAUAAUUCUGUUGAAGCAGCAAUACUUGGUAUAAUGUGCUGUCUAGCUUAUGACCCAGAAACAAAAAAGUACACGACUAAGAACAUGCAGUUUGCAUCAGAUGAACUGAAGUGGUUCUUUAAUAAAUACAAAAUACCAAAUGAUGAAACGUCUUUUGAAAUGCACAGAGAUUGGAAUAAAAUUGUAUCUAAUCUAAGUGAUCCACACAUCAAGUACUCUCAGAAUGGAAAUCAGCUUGUGAGUGGAAUAUUGAAUAUAAUUCGGGUUAUUCAGGAAAUAACAGGAGUGCCAGAAAAAGACAAAGAGUAUAUUGAAUUGUGUAUUGAAAAAAUGACUUUAAAUAAUACACUGGUGCAAAGCUUUAUUAGAAAAAUAGAAGAGUAUGUUUUAGGUUUAAUUAUGUCUCUCUCUACGAACAAGGAUGUAAGUGUGUCCUUUGGUAAAAUAGAAAAGAGAUUUAUACAGAAUACUAAUACAUCGGAUGUCUUUGGUAAUAUAGCCAUAAGGUAUAGGUUUAAUGGACUCGUCAGUGGAUUAAACGUAGGAAUAUUUAAUGGCGGGGCUUCUCUAACCCUGAAAGUAGUGAAUACUUAUGAAAUUACGCAAUUUAUUUCUAAUUGUUUGAACACAAGGAAUAAGUAUAUGAAAGAUAAUAGAUUUAUUAGCUGCCUUCUGAUUAAUUACAUAGACAUACUAGUAAAUAGCCUUAGAUCCUAUUUAAGUAAUAUAUCUAGUAUGAUGCAUGUGGCUAGAGAAAUAUAUAUGUGUGAUAACAUAGAACAGAUAUUUUUAUGGGGAAGGAUUUCUGAUCUGCAGUAUAAAAAGAAUCUGAUAAAGUUCCUUUCUCUUAUUUUCAUGAAUGAAAAGAUGUCUCCGAAUGAUAAUGCAUUCCGAGUUAUAUCUAAUCUGCUGGGAAGUAUUCCACUCUGUAACUUAGACUUACAGCUAGAAAUUAUUCCGUAUAUUGUAUAUGGAUACACAUGGACAAAUCUGGAAAAGAAUAUUAUAUGUACUGAAAUACAGUAUGUAGAUAUACUAAAUAAUAGCUUAGAAACAGGAAAAUUGUUCAUGUACAUUGUUGAUAUGCAUACAUCAGAGACUCUAAUCUGCAGCCUGAGAUUGUUUAUAAAUCUAAGAGAGACCAGUUUAACUGGAGCAAUAAACCCACUACUGCAUUCAAGGUAUCUAAUGAAAAUAAUCCAGCAUUUGUUUGUAUGCGAUAAUAUUGAUAAUCUACAGAUACUUAGAGAUUUAAUAAAGAGUAAGUGGAAGUUCUGUGAUUAUGUGAACGAUAUAAUUACUCUUGCAUGGUUUGUCUGUGCAUGCACAGAUCCUCAAACGCCAUAUCCUGUGCUUAAAAAUGUGUAUGACUUAGUCAACAAGCAAAAUGAUACCUGGUACUUAGAUAGAAUACAAGCACCCGAGAAAUACUUAGAAGUUGUUAGUGUCCUUGAAAGGCUAAGAAAUAAACUGAAAACAAGAAAAGGCAAAGAAACCAAGCUUAAUAGGCUCAUAUGUCUUUUCAAGCAAACAAAAAGCAGUCCUGAAAGAACGUCAUUCAAAAAAAGUCUUACUCAGUGCUUUAGUACACCAAUUCGGGAAUGAGCAAUAAAAUCCU